UGUUGAUAGCAGAAGCUAUUAGGAUCACUCCCGAGAGGAGGGUUCGGGUCGGUGUUGCCAGGAGUUCCAUUGAUGAAUCUCCCUGCUCUGCUUCUCUUUCGCGAAUACAAGCAUCAAAUCUAACGAAAUCUGGAAAAUUUUUACGAUUCAAAAAUCUGAGGAAAGAUGUGGCACGAAGCAAGGAGGUCGGAGAGGAAAGUCCACGACAUGAUGGACGCCGCUCGGAAGAGAGCGCAGCGGCGAGCCAUCUACCUGGCCAAGCGGCGCGGCGACCCUCAGCAAUCCAUCCAGGCCAUCGGCUCCCGCUGUCGCAUCCACCGCGAUGAUGCUGUUUAUCAAGCUACGGAGGAUCAGCAGGGACUGAUACCUUGGAAUGGCAAGCAGGAUAUUCUGAUAGACAGAUUUGAUGGGCGUGCUCUUCUUGAUUUCAUCCGGGAUACCAGUUCCCGACAUUCUCGGGCUCCACAAAGAACUGAAGAGGAAGAAGAACUAGAAGAGUUUGUUAAUUUUGAGCGUUAUCGGGACUUAAUUAAGCAUCGGCGUAGAGGAUUUAAUGAUGAAGAGGGGUUGCAACAUGUAAACCAAGAGAUGGAGGCUAAGACUGCUGCUCUAUUUGGUGCAGACAGACCUCAAGUAACACAGCCUUCAACAAGCAAGGGAUCUUAUUCCCAAGUGGGUUUCUCUUAUGAUGGUGAAAUAAAAGAUGAGACUCAUUAUUCAGAUGCUGAGGAAGAUGGUGAUGAUGAAGAGGAGGAAGAGGAGGAUUUUAAUAGUGAUGAUAGCAACGAUGAAGCAAUGGAGUCUGUUGCAAAAGAAUUUGGAGUGAAGAGAUAUGGCUGGCUUGUUUACAUGGAUAAAAAGGCAAAAGAGGAGGAAAGGAGACAAAAAGAAGUUAUAAAGGGGGAUCCAGCCAUUAGGAAACUGAGUAGAAAAGAAAGAAGAAAGGCGUCACAGUUAGAAAGAGAAAGGGAAAGAGAAGCUGCUCGUUUUACUGGGACUAGACUUUCUCAUCAUGAUCCAUAUCGCGAGUCAAGACGAAGUCCAACAUAUGAAGCUUACUCACGCUCUAGAAGAUCCAGGUCAAAGUCUCGAUCAUGGUCUCCAUCACACUCCAGGCGCCAUGCUCGUGGAACACAUUAUGAUGAUGUUGAGCAGGGCAGGACUCCAAAGAUAGAAUACAUAACUGAGUUUGGGGGAGAUGACGAUAAUGAGCCAAAGUUUGAAGGAUAUUCUCCACCUCGGAGCCCUCCAUCUCAAGCUGACUCACUAAACCGGCCAUCGUCUGGUCGCAUUCUUGAAGCUCUUCAUGUAGAUCCUGCAUCAGGGGUUUCUGUUGACAAGGAAAAGAAUGCCAAAUUACAGAAAACACCAGCAAGCACAACCUCAGCUGUAGCAAAAUUAAGCAAGGCAACUCCUGGCUCAAGUAUCUCUAAACAGCAGGGAGAAAAGAAGGAAACUCCCCAGGAGAGGCUCAAGCGAAUCAUGAGCAAACAACUGAAUAAACAAAUCAAGAAAGAUACAGCUGUUGAAAUGGCUAAGAAGCGAGAACAAGAAAAACUGAGGCUUGAAAAACUUGCAGAAACAAAUAGACUAAGUCGACAUCGCUAUCGAAGCCGUAGUAGAAGUUACAGUCGGUCCCCUCCAAGAAGAUACCGUCGCAGUCGCAGUCGCAGUCGUAGUCGCAGUCGUAGCCCUAGCAGAGGCAGGAGUUCCCGAAGACACCACUCACGCUCUCGCUCACACUCAAGGUCUCCCUCACGUUCAUACUCCAGUUCACACUCACAUUCCCGUUCUGUCUCUCGAUCUCGUUCACCUCGGGCUAGAAGAAGGUCAAGAUAUUAGUAGUUGCAGCAAAGCAGCAAAUAAAAGAGCAUACGCGGGGUGCAAACUAUAGUCUUGAUCUUGGCAUCAGGUAGGUUUUUCCCGAGGAAGGUGUUGAUGGCAUGAAAACCUCUGUUUUAUUCUAGUAUUUUUGUUGUGUAGUCUACUGGAAUGCAAAAUUACGUGUAGUAUGCAAAAUUAGUCAUCAUGUGUAGGAGCACAUAAGAAGGAUGGAUAUAUUUCCAGAACAAAAGUUCAAUUACCACAGUCUAUGCUACUUAUUUAACUUUAAGAUUAAGAUUUCAAUAUUACAAUGA